UGUUAACUUCCAUCUUGCUUCGGCAUGAACACCGUUCCUGCUGUUUCGCUGUUUCCUUUUCCUUUCGCUAGUGUAAAACAACAUGGAGGAAUACGCACGUGAACCAUGUCCCUGGAGGAUAGUGGACGACUGUGGCGGGGCCUUCACGAUGGGAGCCAUAGGUGGUGCAGUAUUUCAAAGCAUAAAAGGAUUUCGGAAUGCACCUGUCGGUGUCAACCGUAGACUUUUAGGCAGUCUCGGUGCAAUUAAAGAACGAGCCCCAAUAAUCGGCGGCAACUUUGCAGUCUGGGGUGGAUUGUUCUCCACGAUCGACUGUACAAUGGUACGCAUUCGAAAGAAGGAGGAUCCAUGGAACUCCAUCACCAGUGGUGCUCUUACGGGGGCCAUCCUAGCUGUCCGAAAUGGUGCAGGGGCAAUGGUUGGGUCUGCAGUCAUAGGUGGCGUACUCCUGGCACUGAUCGAAGGCGUUGGGAUACUGUUCACCCGCUACUCUGCGGAACAGUUCAAGCCAAUCAACCCCCAAAUGGAGGACCCGUCACAACUCAACGCUGCAUCACCGUUUGGGACUCAACACUACCAAUAGGUAGUACCACGUGCCGCUAAAUUGUGACAGAAAAAAAAAAUGCAACGUACAUGCAUGCCGAGGAGAGGAAGGUGUUUCGGCCUUUGUCAGUUCCUGUUCCUCACAGCAGACUUCCACGUGUCCGUGCAGCACCGCGAGUGUUCUCACCGACCAGUGUGCACAUGUGGCACGUUCAAGUGUGUGCUCACCAGCAGAACGCGUCGGACUGUUUGCAACGUGUUCAUCAAGAUGUAGAUGUGAAACUUUUGCUUUUUUUUUCUGUAGAGCAAACAUGUAAAGCUCAUAGUGUGAAAAAUAGAAAAAAUUAGGGACAUCUA